CGAAUCCCAUUGUACCCGGAGCGCAGAGCCGCCUUUUCAGCAUGCGGGGGCUGCUCAGAGUUUAAUCGGUCAAGAAAUAGAACAGAAUUCAGCUAUGGCCCCGAGGAAGAGAGGUGGACGGGGGAUUUCAUUCAUCUUCUGCUGUUUCCGAAAUAAUGAUCACCCAGAAAUCACGUAUCGGCUGCGAAAUGAUAGCAACUUUGCGCUUCAGACCAUGGAGCCAGCAUUACCCAUGCCCCCUGUGGAGGAGCUGGACGUCAUGUUCAGUGAACUUGUGGAUGAACUCGACCUCACAGACAAACACAGGGAAGCCAUGUUUGCACUUCCAGCAGAGAAAAAAUGGCAAAUAUACUGUAGCAAGAAAAAGGACCAGGAAGAAAACAAGGGAGCAACAAGUUGGCCUGAAUUCUACAUUGAUCAGCUCAAUUCCAUGGCUGCUAGAAAAUCUCUGCUGGCUUUAGAGAAAGAAGAGGAAGAAGAGAGAAGUAAAACUAUAGAGAGUUUGAAGACAGCACUAAGGACGAAACCAAUGAGGUUUGUAACCCGAUUCAUUGACUUGGACGGCCUGUCAUGUAUUCUCAACUUUCUAAAGACCAUGGACUACGAGACCUCGGAGUCUCGAAUACAUACCUCUCUCAUUGGAUGUAUAAAGGCACUAAUGAACAACUCUCAAGGCCGGGCUCACGUCCUGGCUCAUUCUGAGAGUAUUAAUGUAAUUGCUCAGAGUCUGAGCACAGAGAACAUUAAGACGAAGGUGGCCGUGCUGGAAAUCUUGGGCGCUGUGUGCCUGGUUCCCGGGGGCCACAAGAAGGUCCUGCAGGCCAUGCUGCACUACCAGAAGUACGCCAGCGAGAGAACCCGCUUUCAGACAUUAAUUAAUGACUUGGAUAAAAGCACGGGGCGGUAUCGAGAUGAAGUGAGUCUCAAGACUGCCAUCAUGUCCUUCAUCAAUGCAGUGCUAAGCCAAGGCGCAGGAGUGGAAAGUUUGGACUUUAGACUUCAUCUUCGCUAUGAAUUUCUGAUGUUGGGAAUUCAACCUGUAAUAGAUAAAUUAAGGGAACAUGAAAAUUCAACAUUAGAUAGGCAUUUAGAUUUUUUUGAAAUGCUCCGAAAUGAAGAUGAACUAGAAUUUGCCAAAAGAUUUGAACUGGUUCACAUAGACACAAAAAGUGCUACUCAGAUGUUUGAGCUGACCAGGAAGAGGCUGACCCACAGUGAAGCUUACCCUCACUUCAUGUCCAUCCUGCACCACUGCCUCCAAAUGCCUUACAAGAGAAGUGGCAACACCGUUCAGUACUGGCUACUCCUAGAUAGAAUUGUACAGCAAAUAGUUAUUCAGAAUGACAAAGGUCAGGACCCUGACUCCACGCCCUUGGAAAACUUUAAUAUUAAAAAUGUCGUACGGAUGUUGGUUAAUGAAAAUGAAGUUAAGCAGUGGAAAGAACAAGCAGAAAAAAUGAGAAAAGAGCACAAUGAGUUACAACAGAAACUGGAAAAGAAAGAGCGAGAAUGCGAUGCCAAGACCCAGGAGAAGGAAGAGAUGAUGCAGACCUUGAAUAAAAUGAAAGAGAAACUUGAAAAGGAGACCACUGAGCACAAGCAAGUGAAGCAGCAGGUGGCGGACCUCACGGCCCAGCUCCACGAGCUCAGCAGGAGGACCGUCUGCGCUUCACUCCCCGGUGGAGCAUCGCCUGGAGCCCCCGGGGGGCCCUUUCCUUCCUCUGUGCCCGGGCCCCUCCUCCCUCCCCCACCCCCCCCGCCUCUGCCUGGUGGAGCGCUUCCUCCUCCACCCCCUCCCCUCCCCCCAGGGGGCCCUCCCCCUCCCCCAGGGCCUCCUCCCUUGGGAGGAGUCAUGCCACCUCCUGGUGCCCCCCUGGGUCUGGCACUCAAGAAGAAGAACAUUCCUCAGCCCACAAAUGCCCUGAAAUCCUUCAACUGGUCUAAGCUGCCUGAGAACAAACUGGAAGGAACAGUGUGGACCGAAAUUGAUGAUACAAAAGUCUUCAAAGUUCUAGAUCUUGAAGACCUAGAAAGAACUUUCUCUGCUUACCAAAGACAGCAGAAAGAAGCAGAUGCCAUUGAUGACACACUGGGCUCCAAACUUAAAGUCAGAGAGCUUUCGGUGAUUGAUGGUCGGAGAGCUCAGAAUUGCAACAUCCUUCUAUCGAGGUUGAAAUUAUCCAAUGAUGAAAUCAAACGGGCAAUUCUAACCAUGGAUGAGCAGGAAGAUCUGCCCAAGGACAUGUUGGAACAGCUCUUGAAAUUUGUUCCUGAAAAAAGUGACAUUGAUCUGUUGGAGGAACAUAAACAUGAACUGGAUCGGAUGGCCAAGGCUGAUAGAUUCCUUUUCGAGAUGAGCAGAAUCAAUCAUUAUCAGCAAAGACUGCAGUCGCUGUACUUCAAAAAGAAGUUUGCAGAGCGUGUGGCAGAAGUGAAACCCAAAGUAGAAGCAAUUCGCUCUGGUUCAGAAGAGGUGUUUAGGAGCAGUGCCCUGAAGCAGUUGCUGGAAGUGGUUUUGGCAUUUGGAAAUUACAUGAAUAAAGGCCAAAGAGGCAAUGCAUAUGGAUUCAAGAUAUCCAGCCUAAAUAAGAUUGCUGACACAAAAUCCAGUAUCGAUAAGAACAUUACACUUUUGCACUAUCUCAUAACUAUUGUGGAAAAUAAAUACCCCAAGGUUCUCAAUCUAAAUGAGGAGCUGCGGGACAUUCCUCAAGCAGCAAAAGUAAACAUGACUGAGCUGGACAAAGAAAUAAGCACCUUGAGAAGUGGCCUGAAAGCAGUAGAGAUGGAGCUGGAAUAUCAGAAGUCUCAGCCCUCACGGCCUGGAGAUAAGUUUGUGUCUGUUGUCAGCCAGUUCAUCACGGUAGCCAGCUUCAGCUUCUCUGACGUUGAAGAUCUUCUAGCAGAAGCUAAAGACCUGUUUACUAAAGCAGUGAAACACUUUGGGGAAGAGGCUGGCAAAAUACAGCCAGAUGAGUUCUUUGGCAUUUUUGAUCAGUUUCUUCAGGCUGUGUCAGAAGCCAAACAAGAGAAUGAAAACAUGAGAAAGAAGAAGGAGGAGGAAGAGCGCCGAGCUCGAAUGGAGGCUCAGCUCAAGGAACAACGUGAAAGGGAACGGAAAAUGAGGAAAGCGAAAGAGAACAGUGAAGAAGGCGGAGAGUUUGAUGACCUGGUUUCCGCUUUGCGCUCAGGAGAAGUGUUUGACAAAGACCUUUCUAAACUGAAACGGAAUCGCAAGCGCAUUACCAACCAGAUGACGGACAGCAGCCGGGAGAGACCGGACAAGCUGCAUCUUCUGUAAAUAUAGGUCUGGACUAAAGGACAUUUAGUGAAUGCACAAAAUGUCAACACCACCAACAGAGAUGCCAAGAGCUAUUUAUCUCUAAGUAUGUUUGAUGUGAUUUGCUGUUUAUAUGUUGUCAUUUUAAAUUGUGUGUCAGUAACGCUACCUGUAAAAUUUCAGUCCAAAAGAUAAAGCUCUCAGGGAGAAAUGAAUAAAAACAAUGAACAUUAGAAAAUAAAAUAUAGAUGCUUACCAUUAACCUACCAACUCUUAAUAUCCUUAAAUUAUAUGAUAUAUAAAGAGGACUGUUACUUUUUUUUUUUGCUUUGCUUUAUUUAUUAGUAGUGGGGGAGGGGAGCUAAGGUUCUCUGUUUUCUUUCCAUCGAUCCUGUUGUGGUUGGGUUUCCUGUGGAGAGAGUAGUUUGUCCUAUUGCACUAGAACAUUAUUUACUCACUAAAUUGAGUUUUUCUGUCAAUUAACGAAUAUUUAUUGAAACACCUACUAUGUGCCAGGCAUAGUAGGGCUACAGUGGUAAGCAAGACAGAGCCCCUGCCCCCAAGGAGCUUAUGCUCUAAUGGGGACAGUUAAGGGGCAAACAGAAUACUGAUGCGUGCGCUGUACAGGAAUUGUGCUAUUUAAAAAUAAUUUGUAUAAACUAUAAUGCCUAGCGCAGAUGGCAAGGUCUCUGCGCUACAUGAAAGCUGUGAAAUAGCGCUCUAAGAGUUGGCAAGAGCCGUGGUUUUACGUUUUUCCCCCCUCACUGCAAACUUAGCAACUUUCUACACAUUAUGUGGAUGACUCUAGCAAAUAAAACAGUCACAAAUACACAGCAGACGUCGCACUCCCCCAGCUCCUAUGUACCAAGGUCUGCGAGUACACCACAUUAAAGGUGCAGAUGAGAUUUUGCUCAAAAAAGCUUGGAGGUGAGAAGGAGUGGGAUGUGCUAUGUCUGUUCCUUAACUAAAGUGCCUCUAUGUAUAUUCUUUUCUAUUUAGAGCAGGAGAAAUUUGAUCUGGCUCAAGUUUGGAACUGUCUUUUGAAAAUGGCUUUGUUUUACAGUUUAAGGAAUGGACAAGUGGAGGGAGAGUCACAUAAAGGAGCAAGUUUGUGUAGCAUGUUCCUCUCGCCCUUUUUCAUCAUCCUCAUUUUGAUAUGGCCAUCCUGGUAGGCCUUCUUUGCCAUUUCCAUUUUUCGUUUCUUUCCCCGAAAGCUGUGUGCAGGUAAUUCCAUGUGCCAUUGUUGAAAAAAAAACCUACUUUUUAGAUUGGUGCUGGUGUAAGUAGCCACUUUUUCCUCUCUUGGGUGUGUAUUUUAAAAGUUUUUUGUUUGUUUGUUUGUUUAAAUUAAUGCCAAAAAGAAAAAGCAUUAUAAUUUGUAAACUUAAUUGUAUGUCUUGUAUCUUAUUAGCUUAGUAGUUGGAACCACUUAGUCUUUAGGCGCGAGACUGUUGUUAUAGUACCAAGAAAAAAUGUUGUGUUAUGAGACUGUAAAUUUUUUUUAAAUAGCAACAUGCAAUAAAGAGAUGAAUUCAUUA